ACACACACGCACACUCACACACACACGCGCACACACACGCACAGGUAGACGGUAGCGGAACUCUGUGUACGGAAUGUGCGGUUAUGGAACACCGGAGCGCUGAGGAUCAGGUGAGAUUAUGCUCGGCGGGACCGGCUGGGUAGCUCGCGCGCGCUCGGACAGGUGUGUUACCUGUGGCUGGGGCUUCACGAGCACGCGCUGCUUUGUUCCGGGUUAGAGGGAGCUCCGGUGCGCCGCGGCCCGGGCCGGGUUUGGCGCGGAUUGGUACGGUCCGGCUCCGUUCCUACUCGGCGCGAGCGCGACACAAUCGGGCCUGUGUUGGAGCGUCGUGCUGCGGGGGGGCUGUGACGCAUUCAGAUGGUCAGGACCGUCAGCAUGGCGAGUCCGGAGCCCGAAGAACCUCCUCGCGUUCCUCCCGGUGUUCCUCCCCGUGUUCCUCGCGAGGGUUCCCCCGGUGUUCCCGCGGCGGAGAACGGGAUGGUCACCCCGGACUCGGGUCCCUCACCUGGGCUGCUGGUGUCGCGCGUGGACGGCUGCGUGCUGCCCUACCUGGGCGGGUUCGGCAGGUACCAGAAGCAGCUCGUGCUGCUCACCUGGAUCCCCGCGCUCUUCAUCGGCUUCAGUCAGAUGUCGGAUCAGUUCCUGCUCGCGCGGCCCACGAUCAGCGCGUGCCUGCACUCCCCGCGCGACAUGAACGGUACCGGUAACGGCACCGACCUGGAGAACCGGCACAGCACCACCGUUUUACCCCCCACCAUCAUCACCACAGCUCUCGCGCUGCUCACCGGGAACCACAGCUCCGCGCACCCCAGCACCGCGCGCUGGAUCAUCAACGAUACAGACCGCAGGGAAACUCCACAGUACUGCGACUGCAACAGCAACACCUGGAGGCACGAGCUCCAGUCCGGCCUCGCGCACAAUGUCGUCACACAGUGGAACCUGGUGUGUGGAUCAGCGUGGAAGGUCCACAUCGCCAAGUUCUCUCUCCUGGUUGGCUCCAUAUUCGGCUUCCUCAUGCUGGGAGUUCUGGCUGAUUGGUUUGGGCGUCACCCGGUGUUGAUAGUGUCGGUGUUCUUCACGCUGGUGUUCGGUUUGGCCGUGGCGUUCUCCGUGGACGUCACCAUGUUCAGCACCCUCAGGUUCUUCGAGGGGUUCUGGCUCGCUGGAAUCACACUGUCUCUCUACGUCCUCCGAAUCGAGCUGUGUCUGCCCGGCUGGCGUUUCUCCAUGACGAUGGUCGCUAACUUUGUGGUGUUAGCGGGGCAGUUGCUGAUGCCGGGCCUCGCCACUAUCUGCUCGAACUGGCAAAUACUGCAAGCGGUGAUCAUCUGCCCCCUACUGCUCAUGCUCACCUACAUCUGGUUGUUCCCGGAGUCUCUGCGCUGGUUGUUAGCGACGCAGCAGUACAGUCGCUCGAAAUGGCUCAUCGAGCGCAUCGCUAAGAAGAAUGCUAACCCGGAGUCGCACGAGCUCAUCACAGAGCUCAACAGGGUCCUGGAGAAGAAGCCUAAGAAGACGUGCAUAGUGAAGAUGGUGGGCACGAGGAACCUGUGGAAGAACAUCGUGGUGCUCUGUGUUAACUCGUUAGCAGGCUAUGGAAUCCACCACUGCUUCGCCCGCAGCAUGAUGGACCAGAACGAGGAGCGCGUCACCAUGUUCCACAACUUCUACGCAGAUUAUUACACCAUGGCGGGGAUCGCCCUGGCAACCUGCCUGGCACUGUGCCCAGCGGUGGGAACAAUGGGGCGUCGUGGUGGACUGUUACUGUUCAUGAUCAUCACCGCACUGGCAUCACUGCUGCAGCUCGGUCUGCUCAACUUGCUCGGAAAAUACAGCGUCCACCUAAAUAUUGUUGAAUCAGACACUCUGAACUCCAACUUCUCCAAGGCGUUCUCCAUCAUUGGCAUGUUCUCCUCUCAGGCCGUCAGUAACCUGAGCAUCUUCUUCUGUGCUGAGAUCACCCCCACGGUCAUCAGGGGCGGCGGUCUGGGCCUGGUGUUGGCGAGCGCCGGGUUUGGGAUGCUAACUGCCCCCAUCAUGGAGCUACACAAUCAGAAAGGCUACUUCCUGCACCACGUGAUCUUCGCCUGCUGUACGCUGAUCUGCAUCAUCUGCAUCCUGCUGCUGCCCGAGUCCCGGCACCAGCCCCUCCCCGAGUCUCUGUCCGAGGGUGAGGGGUACACGCGCCACCCGCUGCUGCCCCCUCACAAGAAACCUGCCGAGCAGCGCCACCUGCUGCCCGACGCCCACGCCCGCAGCUACGCCCACGACCACGCCAACAAUCGCGCCGACGACAACUCGAGCGUCAAAGGGACGCCGCUUCACACGGUCGCCGUUUCCACGGUGGAGUCCACCGCCUCGUCCACCAUCGCCCUGGACGAGCCAGGUGACCUGGACAAUGACCUUAACGCUGUGAGACUUAGCGUCCUGAAAUGCAACGACUCGACCCCCACACCAGAGAGUCCCGCUGCAACGGAUUCACUUCCUGAUCUCAUCAUCAAUGCCCCGCCCCCUGAGACAUCAGAAACCCCGCCUCCUUUAGAUACCAACAACCAUCCAGAAUUCCCAUCAGUGCAGGACAAUGACACCAACUCUUCCACAGGUGCCAGUGAGGGCCCCACAGAGCCCGUAACCCCGCCCACUUCACACAUAGCCCCACCCCAAACGACUUCCUCCCCUAUAGACUCGGACCCCCUUCCUGACCUGACUGUGACAGUUCCAGCUCCCCCCGUAACGAUGGACUCCACCGUCUCCUCCCCCAUAGACUCGGACCCCCUUCCUUUUCCACCCCCAUCACCAGUCUCCGCCCCUUUAAAACCGACGUUAGACCUGACUGUGACAGAUCCAGCUCCCCCUGUAACCAUGGACUCCACCGUCUCCUCCCCCAUAGACUCAGCCGUGGACUGUACCAUCAGCCCUGCUAACGGGGGGGCGUCGUCCUGACCUUACGGCUCCCACAAGCCACUGCAAAGGGAUCUAGUGACGUAAUCAGGAGGGGGAGGAGCUUACCUGUGCUGUACAGGAUGCUGACUGAAUGGCAGCCUGGAUCACACUGGAAUCACUGAUGCAGUGAACAUCUGGAACUGGAACUGUGUCCCAACUCUGGGACCUAGUGUACUUUAUAUUAGUGUGCUUCAUUCUAAUUGAAACACGCCCAAAGGGAAUUUAACUGUUAGUCAUUGUUUGAUGUUUGAAAUGCUACGCUAAACGGAACACACAGUGGGUGUGGCCUAAAGACUCGAGCACACUGCCACGCCCGAACAUCCCGAACCAGUCAGACUGGAUUAUACAGUACACACAGGAAGGGCGUGUUCCAUUACACACGUGUCUGAAAGUGUUGGAACGGAUCCUAAAUAACCUCUAAACCUUAACCACUCGACCGUUACCACUGAACCCUAACCAUCAAUCCCAACCACUACACUAUGAGCACUAACCCCGAAGCCUUACUCAACACUAAUCCCAUACUGGGAACGGUUUACAUAGAAGUGAGGGAAACACAUGCUAGUUCAUCCACCCCUAACCUGCACCACUAAUCACUACAACAUAAACCAACACUACUAAUCCCACCACCCCUAACCUGCACCACUAAUCACUACAACAUAAACCAACACUACUAAUCCCACCACCCCUAACAUGCACCACUAAUCACUACAACAUAAACCAACACUACUAAUCCCACCACCCCUAACCUGCACCACUAAUCACUACAACAUAAACCAACACUACUAAUCCCACCACCCUGAACCUCCACCACUUAUCACUACAACAUAAACCAAAACUACUAAUCCCACCACCCUGAACCUGCACCACUAAUCACUACAACAUAAACCAACACUACUAAUCCCACCACCCUAAACCUCCACCACUAAUUACUUCAACAUAAACCAAAACUACUAAUCCCACCACCUUGAACAUCCACCACUAAUCACUACAACAUAAACCAAAACUACUAAUCCCACCUCCCUGAACAUCCACCACUAAUCACUACAACAUACACCAACACUACUAAUCCCACCACCCUAAACCUCCACCACUAAUCACUUCAACAUAAACCAAAACUACUAAUCCCACCACCCUGAACCUGCAACACUAAUCACUACAACAUAAACCAAAACUACUAAUCCCACCACCCUGAACCUGCACCACUAAUCACUACAACAUAAACCAAAACUACUAAUCCCACCACCCUGAACCUGCACCACUAAUCACUACAACAUAAACCAAAACUACUAAUCCCACCACCCUUAACCUCCACCACUAAUCACCACCUAUUGAACAAAAACAACCAAUCAUUGCACAUUAAACCCAAAACCACUAAUCCCAGACUACUAACCCUCUACUUCCUGUGUGAUACUGAGGGAUGAUUAGAUGAUUUUACUGGGUGUUCAGUUUCGGGACGUUCCCGCUGUCCGUGUUGCCCUUCAUCACCACGGCGACAGAGCAUGCUAAUGUUAAUGUUAAGCUAAUGUGAACUAAUGUAAACACGCGGCGUGAUGAUGUCAUCGUUCAUACGUGACAUGUGACUUGUUGCUUUACGUGGUUUUUAUUACGAUGAUGAUUUUAUUACACCGUGGUGUCGGCGAGGGUUCGUAACAGCUGAGGGAGCAAUAACGAUAAAACCACGAUGUUUCUGUGAUUAACGAGGUUUUUACCGAUGAUGUGAAGCGUUUCUGGGUUUGUUUCUCUGUAAUGAGCUGAAACAUUCGGUUCGGUUUCUCUUUAAAAUCAUAAUUAAUUCAUUAUAAUUAUUCAUAUUUACCGUUUUCUUCAGAUUAUAGAGCCAAGCUAAGCAGCAUUAGCAUUAGCUCCAGCAUUUACAGUACUGUUACACUGUCUACAGUUAGCUCGGUGCUCUUAUCGAGGUGCUAAUGCUAAUGCAGAACGAUCAGGUUAGCAGAACUACAGUAACUUUACAGGGACGCGAUUCAUCACUACACCUCUAGGGGGCAGCAAAGGUUCAGAAAUGGGAGUUUGUGUCACGUUUAAAAAGACGAUUUUUAACGUAACACUUUUAUUGUUAUUUAUUUUAUUUUAUUACUUUAUCGGCGCUGUGCUAACAAUAUCCAUCUAAACACAGUUAAAUGAUGAAGUUAAACGUUAGCUUAGCUCAAAUUAAUGUAAAAUACAGCCAUAAACAUUCAACAUUAGCAACAUUGAUCAUUAUUACCCAACUACCAGCUACUCAAAUCCUCAAUCAUGUCAGAUAUGCUAACAUCAUUAACCAGUUCAUUAGUUAGUGCUAGUUUUAGCAUAAAAUACUGCUCUUAUUUGCCAACAUUGAAAUAAUAGCAACAUUACCUAAGCUACAAGCAGCGCUACACUAACAAAUUUCAACAAUAAUGUAGAUUAGCAAAACAUUAAACCACAUUAUUGUUGAAUUGAGCUUUGCACUGUGUCAAUGUUAGUCAGCUAUGUAGCUAAAUUAGCCAUUAGCAAAAAAAAAUACAACAUUUAGCAACAGAACAUGAGCUAACAACAAUGUAAUUCCACAACAGAACUGUUGCUAAAACAAGCUAAUUUAUCGACUCACUGAUAAAUGCUACACAAUAUAAGAUCCCCACCUUAGCCGUUAUGCUAGUACAUUUAGCUGCUGGUUUGUUAGAAGUUAGCAUCAUUUGUAUAUUGUUUUAAUUCAGGGUGGCGUAUAAUCUGAAGAAUACGGUAACAUGAUUUUAAUUUUAUGACUUUUGAACACAAUAGAAUUAAUUAAUGAAAUGUUUUAAUUUUAAUUGAUGCUACAUUUGCUAACUGUCAAAAAAGAGUGUUGUGCUAGCAGCAGGAAGUGAAGUAUUGAUAAUUAGCCAUGAUGUUUUUGCUAAAUGUGACGAGUUUGUUACUCAGCAGGAGAAAAAAAAAGUAACAUGUUAAGUGAUUUAGCUCCUCCUGUUAGCGUGCCAUUAGCGCAGUGUUCAUACCUGCACACGUGUGUCAGCGUUUGUGUCAUGACUAAAACCGCUACAUCAUGUGUUAUGCAUGGAAUAAACACGCCAACAUGUC